UCCAGGAAGUGCUCCUCCCCUGACUGCGAUUCACCUACAAUUCCAACCGCCAGACUGGCUUCCUGGCAGUCACUCCUGACUUGCAGGGCUAUGACCAUGGGAGUCCAGAGCCCCACAGGCCCCAGCCCUGGGCAGACCUGCGUGCUUAUCCUGAUCUUCACUGUCCUGCUGCAGUCCCUCUGUGUGGCCGUGACUUAUCUGUAUUUCACGAAAGAGCUAAAGCAGAUGCAGGACAAGUUCUCCAGGAGUGGUGUUGCUUGUUUCUUAAAGGAAGAUGACAGCUCUGGGGACCCUGAUGAUGAAGACAUUAUAGACAACCCCUGCUGGCGAAUCAAGUGGCAACUACGCCAGCUUGUUAGAAAGAUGGUUUUGAGAACCUAUGAGGAAACCAUUCCUACAGGCCAAGAAAAGCAACAAGAUAUUCCUUACCUAGGAAGAGAAAGACAUCUUCCAAGAGUAGCAGCUCACAUAACUGGAAGUAGUCGGAGACCCAGCACAUCCUCAGCUCCAGGCUCCUGGAAUGAAAAAGCUUUGGGCCAGAAAAUAAAGAGCUGGGAGUCAUCAAGGAAAGGACAUUCGUUCCUGAACAAUUUGCACUUGAGAAAUGGAGAGCUGGUUAUCCAUCAAACGGGGUUCUAUUACAUCUAUUCGCAAACAUAUUUUCGAUUUCAGGAAGAAGAAGCUGUGGGAACUGUUUCAACGGCAGAACACAGAAAGAAAAACAAACAAAUGAGUCACAAUAAAGUUGGAAGAGACUUGACGGCAAUGGGUUUGGUUUGGUUUGGAACAUCUACUGUCCUUAUCUACUCCUUGCCAAGACUCCAGAAGAAAGAGCAACGACCCAUCUCUUAAGAGGUAUAUCAGGGUAGUAGCUUCCACACUGCCAUAAGGGAAAAUUUAUUUUGCCUCUGCCAGAAGAACAAUUAUUUUUAUCUACCAAAAUCAGGACACAAAAUGUUUUAUUUCACCAUUUUAUCUUUUCAGAUUGGAUUGUGGUAGGGGGGUGGGGGAGGGUGUUUGUUGCAGUUUGCUUUAUUUCCUCUAAUUGUUAUUUCCAAACAGAACAUAAUUUAAGCACUUUGGUUGUAUGCUCAAAUGUGUAUUUAAAUGUGUGAUAGAAUUUUGCAAAACCAAUGACCUAUUCAUUAGAAAUACCUUUUUUCAACAACAUAAACAGCCACUAUAUAGGUUUGAUGCAUUAAUAUUGCAUGCUUUAAAAUCAGAAAAUGUAUGCAUCAGGAUUGUAUUCUUUCACCAUACUUAUACUAUCUGUAUGCUGAGCAAAUAAUCCAAGAAGCUGGGCUAUGUGAAGAAGAACGUGGCAGGAUUGGAGGAAGACGCAUUAACAACCUGAGAUAAGCAGAUGACACACCUUGCUGGCUGAAAGCACUUACUGAUGGAGAUCAAAGAUCACAGCCUUCAGUAUGGAUUACACCUCAACAUAAAGAAAACAAAAAUCCUCACAACUGGACCAAUAAGCAACACCAUGAUAAAUGGAGAAAAGAUUGAAGUUGUCAAGGAUUUCAUUUUACUUGGAUCCACAAUCAACACCCACGGAAGCAGCAGUCAAGAAAUCCAACAAUGAAUUGCAUUGGGCAAAUCUGCUGCAAAAGACCUCUUCAAAGUGUUAAAAAGCUAAGAUGUCACUUUGAAAACUAAGAUGUGCCUGACCCAAGCCAUGGUAUUUUCAAUCACCUUGUAUGCAAAGCUGGACAAUGAAUAAGGAAGAUUGAAGAAGAAUUGAUACUUUUGAAUUAUGAUGUUGCGGCAGAAUAUUGAGUAUACCAUGAGCUGCCAGAGGAAAGUACAAAUCUGUCUUGGAAGAAGUGCAGCCAGAAUGUUCCUCAGAAGCAAGGAUGGCAAGACUGCAUCUUACAUACUUAGAACAUGUUGUCAGAAGGGAUCAGUCCCUGGAGAAGGACAUCAUGCUUGGUAAUGUAGAGGGUCAGUAAAAAAGAGGAAGACCCUCAACGAGAUGGAUUGACACAGUUGCUGCAACAAUGGGCUCAAACAUAGCAACAAUUUUCAGAAUGGUAUAGGACUGGGCAGUGUUUUGUUCUGUUGUACAUAGGGUCGCUAGGACUCAGAAGUAACUCACCGGCACCUAACAAUGACAAUAUGGUCUUAUUUAAAGCCUGUCUCCUCUCACUAGACCAUAAACGCUAUGAUAGCAGAGACCAUUUUGUCUUGUUUACAACUGUAUUCUCAGCACCUAGAACAGUUCCUGAACAUAGUCCCCAUGCAAAAUAUAUUUGCAAAUAAAUUGAUGAAUACCUGACCAUCUUGAAAAAAAAAAAAUAAAGAAGGAUUCCCUACCCAACUCCUGUGGGGGGAAAAAAAUAAUUAAUAAUAGAUACUUUGAUUUCAAGGGGUUACUCUUACCCACGAACCCCAACUACAAAAGUAUUGACUUGUUUUGUUUGGUUUUCUGCUAACUGCUCCACAACGUUGUAAAUGUGUCUUUUCCAGCUAGAACAGGGUAGUUAAUAACAAACCCAUUACCUUGUAAUUUAAUGAAAAAGAUUUUGUGCUUCCUUGAUUUUGGUUUCAAGAGGUCUCAUAGCUAUAAAGGGAUAAAGGGCCAAUUUUUCAGGAGUUAACUUUUUAAACGCUAACUCAGUACCCAUUAAGUAGUUUGUCACCAUGGAAACUUGUAUGCAUUAAGCAAAGAAUUAUUUAAACGUCUGUGAAAUCUCCAGUCCUCAGGAGCAUUUUACUUCAUUUUCUUCUUGCAGGGAGACUUGUGCUCCCCCAAUUUGCAAAUUCUUUAUUAUUUGAAACUGUUAAAUGUUAUAUUAUUGUUUUGAGCUAAUUCAAAGGUUUAUUUUUUUAACAAUCAUAACUAGCCUACUUUGAGCCACUUUAUUUUAGAAACAAAAUGAUAUCCUUGCAUGUAUAUAGAAUGACUGCUCACAAAAAAAUCUUAUGUUUUAGUUUCUUUGUGUUUUGAUUAUUUUUAACAUCCCUGGUUCAAACUGCCAACCUUUUGGUUAGCGGCACUGUGCCACCAGGGCUUCAAAUGUUAAAGCAACUUUGAAACAUUUUUAAAAUAAUUUCAAAGUAGAGAAGUCCUCUUUAGCCAAGAUUUAAAACUCAAAGAAAAAGAUAUACAUCUGUAUAAAACCUGUGAAAGCCAGAACUUGUGUAAGGCAGAAAACUGUCAGAGAAGGAAAACUAAAAUAUUUUCCACUAAAACAAGUGGUAAGACUGUACCCGGUCAAAGGCAGAAAACUUUCAAGACCCAGAAAACCAAGGUAGUCCUGUCGAGUUCUGGCUCUCACAGGUUUCACUGUAUUAGGUUAUGUAUUAUUUACGAAUAAAAGAGCAUUAGUUUUUAUUCUAUAUUUUUGUACUCAAAUUUUUAAGUAUGUGUUACUUUUU